AUGCCUCAAUCACGCCUUUUCAAGCCCCUCAAGAUAGGUGGCAUGGAAGUGAAACAUCGCAUCGGAAUGGCGCCACUCACUCGCUUCCGAGCAACCGAAGACAGAGUGCCAACACUCCUCAUGAAGGAAUACUACGGCCAACGCGCCGCAGUGCCAGGCACCUUGAUCAUCACCGAGGGAACAUUCAUAUCAGCAACCUGCGGCGGAUUCCCACACGCACCAGGGCUUUGGCGUGAGGACCAAGUCGCUGCCUGGAAGAUCGUCACCGAUGAAGUUCAUCGCAAGGGAUGCUUCAUAUUCUGUCAAGUGUUUGCCAUGGGCCGUGCCGCGGAUGUCGAUCUAGCCCGCAAAGAAGCCAACGAUAUCGUAGCCCCCAGUGCUAUUGCAAUGGAAGAAGGUGCCGUAGUGCCUAGAGCCAUGACCACCGAUGAGGUCAAGCAGAUAAUCCAGGAUUAUGUCGACGCUUCGAAGAACGCCAUUCAGGCCGGCUUUGACGGAGUCGAGGUUCAUGGUGCGAAUGGAUAUUUGCUCGACCAAUUUAUCCAAGACGUCAGCAACAAUCGAGACGAUGAGUACGGUGGGAAUGUGGAGAAUAGAUCUCGUAUUCUCGACGAGGUGAUCAAAGCUGUUGUUCAUGCCAUCGGUCGUGAACGUGUCGGGCUUCGGCUGAGCCCCUGGAGUACGUUCCAGGGCAUGAGAAUGGAGGAUCCGAUCCCGCAGUUCACGGAUGUGAUCAGUAAAGCCAGACAGGCGGGCAUUGCAUAUCUUCAUCUCGUUGAGUCGCGAAUGUCCGGCUCCCAGGAUUACAGUGGUCAUGACACACUGGAUUUUGCAUACGAUUUAUGGGACGGACCUUUUCUUGUUGCUGGUGGGUAUGAAUCGCAUGAGGCCCGUAAGUUGGUGGACGAGAAAUAUCCGGACAAGGACAUCAUGGUCAUCUUUGGCCGGCACUUCAUCUCCAAUCCGGAUCUGAUAUUCAGGAUUAGAAAGGGUCCCAAUGAACGCCGUACAAUUAGUCGCGAAGAUGUCGGCUUCUACAACGCGCUUGUCAUAGCAGGAGUUUACGAGAUUGCGAGUGAAAAUAUAGAUGUUAAUUCCGCCCAGUCAUUUAUUGCUCCUUUGAGACACUGCAUCGAGAAGUACCCACACCUAAGCGUGGUCGUCAAGCAGAAGCAUACCGACAAGUCAGCAUACGAAGCUGUUUCGAGUAUUGAUCUCCACAAUCAUGUGUCUAUAAUUCACGAAGACGAAGCUACUAGCAAUGGCGAGACGGCAACAAUUGAAAAGAUUAUGCCAGCCAUACUUGACCGGCCAUGGCCUGCUGAUAUCCCACCUUGGCGGAUUGUGGUCUCUCCUCUGGUGUCGCCGCAAGACUCCACAGGGACGCGAUGCUUUAUUGCCUUUGCGUUCUCCCAUACUCUCGGAGACGGCAUGGUCGGAGUUGCCUUCCAUCGCACCUUCCUUGAGGCAUGGCGCCAGACUACUGGUAUGGAGGAGAAAGCCACUUUCUUAGUGACUCCGCCAAGUCAAACGCUCCCGGCACCCUUUGACACACCCGAAAGGCUUCCCAUAUCUUGGAAGUUCCUCCUUGAGCCGUUGAUAGCAGUUUACUUGCCAAAGUUUGUGGCCAAAAUUCUUGGGCUCCGCGCAUCUGCUAGCACGCUAGAUGCCGGUACUUGGAUUGGGUCACCUAUGUUCUUCGAUCCGGCGGCUGCCAUCCAGAGCAGAGUAAGAAUCAUCGAGAUUGAGGCUCCGCUCGUACAAAAGGCUCUGCAGGCAUCAAGAAGCCAUGGCACCAAGCUCACGGGAACGGUGCACCAGAUGAUUGUUCGGGCGCUAAGCAAGGCCAUUCCUAGUACCGACAUAACCAAUUUUGUCUCGGGAACGCCUGUUGAUAUGCGAGCGUCUAUCGGGACGCCUGGCCUCACAUGGGGUCUUUUCGUAUCUGGCCUUUACGAGGUACAUCCACGAGCACCGAAUGUGACGGAGGCUAUUUUGUCCGAGGAGAUGUGGGAAGCCGCGAGGUCGAUGACGCAAAAGCUCGCUGAAUGCGGGGCGAGGCUGCAGGACCAAGCAAUCGGUCUGCUGAGAUAUGUUCCCAGCAUCAGGAAUUGGACGUUGAGUAAAAUUGGACAGAAGCGGGACUCCUCGUACGAACUGAGCAAUUUGCUUGCCUUUGAUAACAUGAACGACGGCGCAGAUCAGAAGUGCAAGGUCGUCAAGAUGGUGUUCUCGCAGCCUGGCAAUGUUACUAGUGCGCCACUUGCUUUCAACAUGAUCAGUGUCAAAGGGGGAGCUUGA